UCGAGAUAAUACUUUUGGUUAAUUUUUGAUCACCCAUCAUAUGACGGCCCAUUGCAAAAGUUGCUUAACAACCGUAUCGCAGACCGAGCGAGCUAACCAUCAGGUAUAAUAACGAAGAUUAAUUUAAGGCAGAUAAAGCGAUAUUGUAUGGAUACAAAUUCUCGUCGUGUUCUUGGCGCGUGCGUGCUGUACUACAACUCAAGAGGAUUCCAUUUGAGGAGCGUUCUGUGGACAUCGUAAGCAAACGUACUCAGCUCUCAGAGGAAUACCGUGCCAUCAAUCCAGCGCAAAAAGUACCUUCUCUCGUCAUCGAUGGUGUAACUCUGAUCGAGUCCAUGGCUAUCCUUCAAUACUUGGAUGACACACGACCAGAACCGAAGCUUAUCCCAAGUCCACCUCUCGCUAAAGCUCGUAUGUUUGAGAUUUGUGAGACUAUUGUAUCCGGAAUUCAACCUCUUCAAAACAUCGCAUUGAAAAAUCAUUUUGACACUGAAGAACAAUUCCACAAAUUCACUAGGCAUUGGUGUGAUCGUGGAUUGAAAACAUUGGAAGAUCUGUUGACCAAAAGCUCCGGCCGCUACUGCCUCGGAGACCAGUUGACUUUGGCUGAUAUAUGCCUAGUACCACAAUUAUUUAAUGCGACGACAAGAUUGCAGCUAACACUUGACAAAUAUCCAACAUUGUCAAAGUUGUACGAAUGUCUUCUUAAUGAAAGCGUAUUUAAACAAACGCAUCCUAAGAAUAUUUAAGCUUGUAAUAAUAUGUAUAUUAAAUAUAUAUACAUCUAUAGUCUCUUUAUUAUAAUUUGAUCAAUUCCGCAUUCUUAAAUUUGAAUUGAAUUGGAAAAUAUUCUUAAUGAAAACGCUUAAGAAAUCCGUUUUGUCGCUGGGCCUUUGAGACGGGAUUCAACCUCACGACCUUUCGCAGUUGCUUUUUUUGUUAAAUAUAUAAUUAAUUUCAUUAUUAUUAAUUCAUAUCGAAAUUACUAACGGUUCUUACAUUCUCAUUUACUGACUUACUUCUUUCGGUUUGCGUAAAAUGAAGGGUUCUGAAUUCAUCUCUGAAUAUUAUUGUAUAUAAAUAUGGACUUAUGAAUUGAAAAUUUAUUAAAUAAAAUAGCACUAUUACGUUGUGUUAAAAAAUUGUGCAACCUUCAUAUAUUUUUAUUUGUAAUAUUUGAAUGUGACGUUACGAGUAAAUUAUUUUUAAAUUAAACAGAUAAAUAAUUUUAGUAUCUAAAAUGACAUUCAACUGAUUGGUUAAGUGUGCACA